AUGGUGAAUAACGUCGUUCCGGUUGCACUUCCUCAAAGAUCAAAUAAGAUGCGUAUGCUUAUAAUUCUUAAUGUGUUCUUAUUUUCAUGUCUAUUCUUAACUAAAUUUGACUUCAAUUUACCUCGUACAAUGUUUCAAGGCAUAUUGAAUCCUUCAGUUAACUACAAUAAAAGCAAUACAACAAUUGCAUCCAUAACUAAAAACAAUACUAUUCCAAUCAUUGAUAAGAAAAUAAAUGUACUGAAUAACUCAAAAAUUAUUGGAAAUUCAAGUACAUCUGAUCAACCUAAAGAAGCAUUUGUAACAUUUUGCAAUAAUGAACGAUCAUAUUUAGCGCUUUUGAACGUUUUAUUAGAUUCUAUUCAUGCUUUUUCAACAAGACCUAUUAUUGCUUUUGGAAUUGAUGUUGAUCUAAAUGUUGAUACAAAAAAAUAUCCACGACUUAUUAAACGACGUAUAUCACAACGCGAUUGUGGUCCAUCAGUUUUCUUCUGUAAAAUACAUGCUAUUGUCAGUAGCAAUCUUGAUUAUGGAGUUUUAAUGGAAACAGAUGAUGUCGUUAAUUAUAAUGUUGAUCUACUCUUUGACGUUCUUCAUGUUUGGCCUCAUCCAGUACCGAUUUCGCCUCGUCAUCCCGAUGAUCCACAGAAUUAUUUUGGUUUCAUGAAUACAUUCAAUGUUUCUCGACGUACUACACAUUAUAUACAUGCUCAUAUGAUUUGGAACUAUCAUGCAAUGCCAUUUCUACGAAAUCUUCGAUCACUUUUGCGGGCCGGUAAUUUUCGAGGAGCCAAUUGGGAUGAAACCGCUGUUAAUGUAAUGUUAUGGAAAGCUGGAGCUGAUCAUACACUAUGCAAAUAUGAUCCUUAUUUUACAUACGUUGAUACAUAUGAACGUUGGCCUAAUAUUACAAACUGUAGUCAAUAUUGUCAUACGGUGUUUCUUACAUUACAUGGUUCUAAAGAUGCCGAGGUUUCAGCAUCACUUUUAAAACGACUUAUAAAACUGAAAGGGACACCAACUUUACAGACACGAGGUAUGGGUGGUCUCUAUCAUGUGAAUGACACUAAAGUAACGUGUUGUUAUCCAGAUACUGAACCAUCACCUCUGCAUCCACUUUUAUGUAAACAUCCUCCAGCUUAA